UCGCAGUUUUGCUGCUACCGGUAAGUUAUAAUGCGAGAGGUUUUUUGUUGCAGACUGAAGCUUGGUCUGAUGUUUGUGUUUAGUUGUGGUUACAGAGCAUGACGAAGAGUCACCAAUUUCCAGCGUUUGGGUGUUGGGAUCACUGCGACGAGCUCCCCAUCACUCAGUACUUCGAGUCAGCAGUGCAGGCUGGGUUGAUCGGACGGCAUUACUUUGGCGAGGAUGGCGAUCUCUUUAAAGUGUCAACACAAGUUAGACCAGCUUACCAUCACCACCACCACAGAAAGGUCAAGAAGGGCGGUCAUGGAGGAGGAGAGAAGCACCUUGGGAAAGAACAGCAGAUGAAGCAAGAAAGGGCCAGUGAUUUGACACUCCAAAUCACCCCAAGAAGGCCUAGAAGAGCUCCCAAGGCUGUGGAUGAGGACCUGUACAAGAUCCCACCUGAACUCCUCCACCAAAAGCCCAAAAGGAAGAGAUUGUUGAAGACUCUGUGGUCAGGAUGUAUGGGACUCAACAGCGUUGCCUGAGGAGAUGGAAGUGCUCAUGGCUUACACAAGCUUCGGCAUCAAAUGGGAUCUUAAUUUUUGUACUUUAGUUUCUCCUGCCGUCUUUUCCUCCUCUCCACCAAUGUGAUGUGAUGUACCAUUCAAACACCAUCAAGAAACAUUUACAACUUGUUUACAGCAUAAACCUUGGAUUUCUUCUCUAUA